CUUACGCAAGAAAAGUCUUGUGCACCUUACGACUUGCAUCAGCUACUAAAGGCCUGUACUUCGAACGCCUUUUCUCAAAAUCACUAGAAAUUGAAAAUGUGGUCUACUUUAAACACUUCUCGAAGAUCUCUCAAGCAUCUUGCCAGGGUUGCCCGUCAUGUGGCUUCGCUGAGAUCGUUUGGGUCUGUCAGCAAUCAGGUACGACUCGAUCGCUAUAAGUGCCGGUUAUUUGACAUAUAUGUACCACUUCUAGAUUUCCUAAUUAUCGGUCUCGUUUUCGCCACCAACAGAGAAUUAUUACCGAAGAUAUCCUGUCAAAAAAUGGAUUCUGCAAAAGUCGGCCUUACAGGUAAGAUUACGGUAGUUUGUUGGGUAGCUAAGAUAUUUUAAAGGUAAUCCAGUUUUCCACGUGGUCUCCAUAAGGGCCAAUAAUCGCUCCAGUUCUUAAAUGUGGCUGAUAGAGAUGGAAAAAAAUUUUCAUACCAAAUUCUCUUGAUUUGUUACUUUCCAACUUGAGAAAAAAUUGGAGGAGAAUAUCUUUCAGUAAACGAGUUCAACUUCAAGUUUGAUUGAUCUACUGUAAGUACACGUACAUAUCUUAUGUAAUCGACCGUUAGGAAACUUCAUACAGUUUAGAGACUGUUUCUGGGUUUUUACUGUUCCCGUGUUGUUCACGAUCUCAUUCACGUAGUCUACGUAGGCUUAAUUCUUUGAGGUCUUUUAUUUACGCCAUAUGUCCCCUAGAAAUACUAUGAAAAACCUUUCGUAGGGUUUCAUGCAAGACUUCUACCAUAUUGUAUAAAUCCUAAGUUCUGGCAAUUCAGCGGGAAUGUUUACAUGUCUUCCAGCUGAUCAUCUGAAUUCAGAUAAUACUUGUGCGCAGAUACACUUGUCGAAACAUGAUCCAACAUUUUUGUUGGGAAUUGUAUAAUUUUACGUGUACCUUUGAGAAGAAGGUACAAUCAGGUGAUACAAUAUCCUUCAUAUAAGCUACCUUUCGUUUUUCUCGUAGCCUUUCUUCUUGACGAUGUACCCGCACUGAUAUUGUAAGGAGUAGCAUGCAUCUACAUCUGUUGUUCAUGAAGUAAAUAAUAAAUUGCAGAUAUUAUACUUAAACUUUGGAGACAUCAUACCUACUGACAAAUACACUUACCACUCACUCCUGGUAGCAAAAGAAGCACUAACAUGUAACUUCUUCAUAUAAUGUCCAUGAAUUAUCUAGCAAACAGGUAAUUAGAAUACUCAAACCUAUCAGGUAGAAAUUUUUAUAUUGAUCUAACACUAAAUUCCCAUAACUGAUAUACAGGGAAGGGUUUUACAGCUAGAGGUGACCUUUAAUCUCCUACAGUUGUUUUGUUAGUCAAAUUCAUCGUAAGAAGAUGUACAUAAGAAGAACUGUUUGCAUACGUGUUAUGGUUGUAAAUUUAUAUUGGAAGUCAUACAAAAUAAGUUUGAAUUUAUGUCAUAGCUCUGAAGCUGUGCGAGGUGCAGUUUGUGGUAUUGAUCUUGGAACAACAAACUCCUGUGUGGCUGUGAUGGAAGGAAAGACACCCAAAGUUCUUGAAAAUGCAGAGGGAUCCCGAACCACACCCUCAGUCGUAGCCUUUACCAAGGAAGGAGAGAGACUUGUUGGUACCCCAGCUAAGAGACAGGUAAAUUAUUGUACAAUUAUUUUGAAAAUUUAUCCAUUUUAAAUAUGCUCACUUGCAUCUAGUUUAUUUGCCAGUAGCUUCUAAGACUUGCACUGGUCCAAAGGUUAAUGUACACAGAAGUUUCCAAAGUAACUUGUCAUCUAAAGAUCAACUUUACAGGACAGAUUUUUUAAGCAUCAAGCUGCAUUAUUCACUCAACAACCAUGGUAUGUGCUGUGUUACUAAUUAAAGCUUCAUCAUGUUUGAAACUUUUUCCUCAGGCGGUUACAAACCCAGAAAAUACAUUGUAUGCCACCAAAAGGUACAUUGGUCGCAGAUUUGAUGAUCCUGAGAUCAAGAAAGAUGCGUAAGUAUUUGGAUAAAUUUUAUGCCAUGGAUGCAUUUUUAUGUAAAGUGCUUUUAGAAAGCAACCGACUUUGAACUCUGGUCAAUGAAACAACAGCUAAUGAAUUUUUCCUAUUUUAGACAAAGUGUGUCAUUCAAAAUAGUCAAAGCCUCAAAUGGGGAUGCAUGGUUUGAAGCCAAUGGCCAGAUGUAUUCACCAAGUCAGGUUGGAGCUUUUGUACUCAUGAAAAUGAAAGAGACAGCUGACAGUUACUUAGGUACAACAGUCAAGAAUGCUGUGGUCACUGUGCCUGCCUACUUCAAUGACUCUCAAAGACAGGUUUGUAUUGCAUUUCAUGUAUUAAAAUGAUAGCUCUACAUGAUACACUUACGGUGUAAAUUUGUCAAUGUUGCUUUACAAUUGAAUCAACUUUAUUUAACAAGACAUAACUUUAAACAGUUAUUCAACUGAGAAACUUGUAGCCCUCAAUCCAUAUGGAUAAUGAUAAAUACUUGUAUGUGCAGAAACACAAAUACACUGUAUAUAUAUAAGUCUGAUAUUAAAAAGGAAUGGCAAGGUAGAUUGGACAGCUAAAUAAGAUUUAUAAAGCAUUUUGAUUAGGAGUACUACUCAGUGCAAAAAUCAGUAUAGCAGUUGCAGCAUUGCAAUCAAGACAAUGUAAUAGCCUGAUCAUGAUUAAUCUUCAUUUAGUUAAAGUAAUCCACUUUGCAGUACCUACAGUUGGUAAAAAAUAAACAUGGGCUGCCUUUCUGAAGGUGGUUUUAGAAAUCCUGACUUUCCUCAAAGUAUUUGGCAGGGAAUUCUAGAAUCCAGUAACAGAGAUAUCAAAAGCUCCUCCUUCCUCAGAUUUGCAAUUAAAGGGAGCACAGACAAGAUUUAGGUUUCUGUGGCAACCAGCUCCUUUAAAUCUGUACAACAUCUUAAUAGAUCUUGUAUAAAUGCAGGGAAGCUUCCUUGUAAAUUUAAGUCCUCAAGAAAUAAUUUACAUGUGUUGGCCUCAACUCUGUCAGAAAAUGGGAGCCAUGCCAAUGAUGCACAUAUUAAUUUUAGUUAUUGAAUGUGAAAAUUCUUUCUGUGCAGGCCACAAAAGAUGCUGGCCAGAUAGCUGGAUUGAAUGUUCUGAGGGUGAUUAAUGAACCCACCGCAGCUGCAUUGGCUUAUGGCAUGGACAAAUCUGAAGACAAAAUGUAAGUUGUUGCUACCCUUCUGAUCAGCUUGUUACUGUUGCCCGUUGUAUUUCUGGUAUUAUUGUUGUUGGGAACAGUGCAGGGUUUUGCUAAGAACUUAGCCUGCCAGUUGAAAUUUCAUGUGAGGCAGCUUAAAAAAGGUAUUUUGGGUGCAACUAGAUUCCUGACUCAGUAACAGCAUUUUGUUCCCAGUUCUUUACUACACUUUGAAAAAUGAAGUGCUCAAAAGAAUGUUUUGAAUUAUUUUACUUGUGAUAUGUUACUAAUACUUAGAUUAAUCAGACAUAUACAUUUAUCUACCCAUAAGUCCCCUCAGUAAGAUGAUAUUGGGUUGAUAUUGAACAAUUGUAGGGUUAUAACAUCAGAGGUGCUGUUGUGCUUUACUAAGGGAUCUCCAGCUAAAAAUGCAGCCAGCAAUACCUGCUUUCUCAUCUGAAAAAAUUUGCCAGCAGCUGGUACUUAGCUACAACCCUGACCAUAAACAGUGAGAUUAAUCAAUCCCAUGUACUUUUGAAUAUGCAUUGAAGGAAGAAAUGCCAUUGAAGGAAGCAAAUGGAUUGAAGGAAGUUUAAAGUAGAAUUUUGAAUUUUUUGUUUCAACCUAUAGAAUUGCAGUGUAUGACCUUGGUGGUGGCACCUUUGAUAUCUCCAUCUUAGAAAUACAGAAAGGAGUUUUUGAGGUGAGAAUCAGCAUUAACUACAUGUAAUUGUACAAUCCAAGUGUAGCUCAAUGAUAAGGGAACCAAAAUAUGCUCAUUAAAAACAUGCAUUGUACCCAUGUGCAGGAAGACCAAAAUUAAUUCAUGCUAUAGAGUAUGAACGAGCAGUUAAAACUUGUGCUUAAGUUGCAGUAAAUGUACAUCAAUCUCUUUUAGUUUCAUUAGGAUUUGUUUAUUUUUUCACCAUGGUGAUUCUGAGAACUUAACACAGGUUUCACUUGCUGGCAAAUUUGCAUUAACCCUCAACACCCUGAGAGUGAUAAGCAUUUAAUUUCUCCAUCCUGUAUCACCACUGAAUCACACAUAGGUCACAGGAAUAAAGAAAAUGGUCACUAACUAAAGAAGCUCUUGAUUGUUAAACAAAUACUCCCUGUCAGCACCCUAGGAAAUGUAUAGAGAACAGUAUGGAGAAUAUGCAUACUGAUGUUAGGGUACAAAGGGUCAAGGUUUACUGGCCAAAAAACACUGUACAGUGUACAUACACUUGUACACCCUGUAAUUACACUUGCACUUAACUAAUUUCCUUGAUCCACAGGUUAAAGCCACAAAUGGUGACACAUAUCUUGGCGGAGAAGACUUUGACAACAAACUGCUUCAGCAUUUUAUUACAGAAUUCAAAAGAGAGGUUAAUUCUACUUGAAAAAUUUUAUCAGCACAGUCUUUCUAUUUUUACAUCAACGUUGAGAAAUUGUAAACUCACUUUUUUCUGAGAUAUCAUCAAACCUAAAACUCAUAGAGUUUGAAUUUAAAUUUCAGAGUGGAGUUGACUUGUCCAAGGAUAACAUGGCUUUGCAGAGACUAAGAGAAGCAGCAGAGAAAGCUAAAAUUGAACUGUCAUCGUCAGUCCAAGUAUGUAUUUUUACAGUGAAUAAUGCAUCAAUGUAGUUCACGAAAAAAAUUAAACCAUAUUUAGACCAACUUUUUUUAUUGUAAAGGAAUAGCUGGGAAAGUUUCUACAGAAACUGUGGUACUGCAUGGUAGGGGGUAUUACAAUAUACUGUAAUUUGGUUUUAUCAACUGCGUUUUUACUGUAAACUGGCCUCUGUAAGAAGUUUCCAGAUCUGAUUUUUAGAGCACAACUGCUUUGUCACCCUCAAAAACUCUUUGGAGUGGCCAAUGAAUAAGUUGCCAGUUAUUGGAUCCUUGCAUUUGCACAAAGAUUUCUGGGAUCACCACAGGGAAAACAUUGCAAGUUGUCAGAGGAAAAUGGAUGGCAAGAAGUUGUUUCAACAUCCAAAAAAAUUUAUUUUGAAUGGAGAUGAAUGCUUUUUCAUGGCAGUUUUAUCACAAAUGGAUGAAAGUGAUGUUGCUACAAGAGAGUUUUACAGGAAUUUCCAUGUAUUAACUGUUCAUAAGUUUUUAUUUCCUGCUAAUAUAGAAUUUGUUCUUUUGAAAAUUCUUUUGUAUAUCAGUUAUUUAUCUUGUUUUGUCAAUUUUUUACAGACAGACAUUAACUUACCUUACAUCACAGUGGAUUCCAGUGGACCUAAACACUUAGCCAUGAAGUUGACACGUGCAAAGUUUGAGUCUCUUGUCAGUGACCUGAUCCAGAGGACUGUGGAACCCUGCAAGAAAUGCCUGAAAGAUGCUGAUAUUAGUAAAAGUGACAUUGGCGACAUUUUGUUGGUUGGUGGAAUGACAAGAAUGCCCAAGGUACUGUUAUUUUGCUUGGCUCAAAGAAAUUUCACUGGCAUUGUGUUUGUAUGAACCUGGACUACAUUUAGUAAUUGUUAUACUGUGGCAGAAUACAGAUACGUCACACUAUUGUUUUCAUUGUUUCUAAUUUCCGGUAGUGAUGAAAUUCUAUUGUGAUGUAUACUGUGUCUUCUACACCAGGUAAGAGCCCAAACUCCCACAUCAGCCCCUUCCUCUCUCUUCCUCCCCCUCAAAAGAAAAGAAUAAAUCUUGUUUCAGCUCAUUUUAGCUGGCUAAUAUUUCACUCAGCUCAGCAAUUUGUUCAGAAUAUUGUAUAAAGUCAAGCAGAAAUUAGCACUUGUAGCAGCAAGCAACAAAGACAAAUUAAGUUUUGCUGAUGUGUUUUGUUACCAGGUUCAAUCUACUGUUCAAGAAAUUUUUGGUCGUCCCCCUAGCAAAGCUGUGAAUCCGGAUGAAGCUGUAGCUGUAGGUGCAGCCAUCCAAGGAGGUGUGUUGUCCGGUGAUGUUAAGGAUGUGCUCUUGUUAGAUGUAACACCACUGUCAUUGGGAAUUGAAACUCUUGGUGGAGUCUUCACAAAGCUGAUACCCAGAAAUACAACAAUUCCAACAAAGAAAAGUCAGGUAAGCAACUGAAAGAAAAUAUCUGCUCUUUGGGGCCGCAUGCAUUUUAUAUGCAAGUAAUAUCAUUCAAUGUUUGUCUUGGUUUCAUUUUUCAAUCUAUUUUUGUUUUAAGAUGUAUUAGAGUAAGAUUAAACAUAAGUCUUAGUUGGUUGAUUUGAUUUCCAUACCAUUACAACUGGAAUCAUAAGGAAGGAUUCAUGAUAAUUAUUUUCCAUGGUCAGUGACCUAAUGAGUGUGUAUGUUCAAUGAUGUAACCAAAAUAAAGGAACUUUUUUCAAGACUCCACUUUUAACUUCUUUCAAUUUCAUUUCAAAAUCUCUUUUUCCAAAAUUUCGCUUGCCAAGGUGCACUCGAGGUGCAGCUUACAUUGUAUCUGCGAGUGAGCUUAUACACCAGUUUUUGCGGUGUUCUAAUUUGUGUUGUAUUCAAUUUAAAUAUCAAAAUAUGGGUAAAAUGAAAAGACAUUCUUAUAUAAAUAUUGUGUAUCUACCUGGUUUGGUGACUUUUAAUAAUCAAGAAAACUUGGGAAUACACAGUAAAAGCAAUGUGCUUGUACAUGUACAUGUACAUGAAAGACUUUCUUAGUGCUAAUUUACUUAACUGUACAGUUUUGUUAUGGUUUGUUUUCAGGUGUUUUCCACAGCAGCUGAUGGCCAAACUCAGGUGGAAAUCAAAGUACACCAAGGAGAGCGUGAAAUGGCUGCUGAUAAUAAGCUACUGGGGCAGUUCCAACUGGUAAGGGGGCAAGACUUGACAACUGUCUCAUGGAACACUGUUGUUGGCCCUUGGCCAAAAUACUAUAAUGUUAAAAAUUAACCGCCAAUUUAGGAUGUAAUGAUAGGAAAGACAUGAUGGCACAAGGAUGUGUGACGACAUAGUGGUUAAACAUAAGUGAUACACAAGUAGAUCAAUUCUGGCCCACUGCAUGCCGAUUUCCCACACAAAAUUUCAAAACAACUGCUGUCACGUAAAAUAAGUGAAAGAAAUGUGAAACAUCUAUAGAUAGAAAAUGUUUUCAAGGGACAGGAACCAUGAUAAGCUUCUCUAAGGUAUCUCUGUCUUUUGUUAUACUUAUAGUUUGGACAAUUGCAACCAUAACUUCUGUUGUGAUUUUUUUCAUGGAAUAUAGGUUGGAAUUCCUCCUGCCCCUCGUGGUGUACCACAGGUGGAAGUGACUUUUGACAUUGAUGCCAAUGGUAUUGUGAAUGUAUCUGCCAGAGACAAAGGAACAGGCAGAGAACAACAAAGUAAGUCACUGCUUUGUCACAUUUUGAAUUUACAGUUACAUGUAGAAUACAUUUAGUUUUAGUGAGUGUAGUAUGGUGAUGUUAGAAGGUUGUUCCUCGGUCUCUUGUACUGAUGGAGAGGCUUCCUGUUUGCAGUUGUCAUCCAGUCAUCUGGAGGACUGAGCAAAGAUGAAAUUGAAAACAUGGUGAGAGAGGCAGAGAAACACGCUGAUGCUGACAGACAACGGAAGGUAAGUGGAGUGAAGAUACAUGUAAAAAUACAGUACAUAUGUACAAGUUAUGGGGAGAAUAUAUGGUCAUUAUUUUUUCUGGGAAGGGGAAGCGGUGGGAAUUUGGACUUUGGUUGUGUCACAAAGGAAUUUUGACUGAUCUCUCCAUAAGGCUUUCUAGUAUUCCAAUGACCUAAUGACCUCCCUCACUGACUUCCUUUCUUCUCUCCCCCCCCCCCAUGAACUUUGUCAGUGACGACUGAGCCCUCUCUCCCCACUGCUCUCCUUGAAAAUCAAGUGAUUCCCCAAAAUCCUCCAUCAACCUCGGCCCCCACAGGGGAUAAAUAAAGAAUGAUCGAUGGUUCCAAGGGCAAAGGUUUUUGCACUGAAAACAGGUACAUUAUGGAAGAUCUUUCAUUUUCAAAGAUUUUUGUUAAUUUAGUGUACAUGUUAAUUGGAGACUUGUCUUUUUAUUUUCCUCAGGAUCUAACAGAGGCAGUGAACCAGGCUGAAGGAAUCAUCCAUGAUACAGAAACGAAAAUGGAAGAAUUCAAAGAUCAGCUGCCAAGUGAUGAGGUAAAAUUGGCUUCACAGUGAAGUCUGUGUCUGCCUUGAAGAGCAAUUUUCAAUUGAGUGUUGAAAGUAAUCCAAGAUUGGAUUGGGUUUGCUUUACUUUACUCUGUCAUUGGUCCAGAAACCUGUACCACUCUUUCAACCAAUCAAAUGCAAUGGGUGGAAGAGACCUGGGUUGGGUCACUUGCCGUUUUUCAAGGAGGAAUCUUUACCCUUUCCCUCCCAGCGGUGACCCAAGAGGAGUUUCUUGUUAAGACUUAUUCCAUUUUCCCAUUAGAAAGAAAUUGUCAAGCAGAUGAAAUUGGUCGAUUUAACACCGAAUUUUUAAGGGUCAAAUAAUUGGAUUAAUUUCAGCAGUACUUUUGAAUCCUAGAUAAUGGGCCACAAGCCUGAAUGUCUUUUCGCUAUUUUUUUUUUUUUAAUAUAACAGACUGAUAAGCUGAAAGAAGAGAUAAACAAAGUGCGUGAGGUGCUGGCGAGAAAAGACAGUGAAACAGCCGAGUCCAUUCGACAAGCCUACAGUGAAUUGCAACAGAAGUCACUCAAACUGUUUGAAAUGGCAUACAAGAAGGUACAGUUGUGAUUUUAUCGAUGAGGUGCGAUUUACUUAUGAAAAAAGAAGUUUAAGGAGAAAGUACCGGGCGAAACUUUACGUCCAAAUGUAUUAGAGCUGAUUUCGACUCUGAAAUGGGGAGCAGGAGAUGAUGUUUAGCAACAGCAACUAAUUACCAGAAAAAAAGAUGCUCUAGCAUGAUGCUCUUGCCCAUUUUACUGAAUUCCCACAGGCUCAAAUCAGCUCUUGGGAAAUGAGAAUUUGCGCGCAGCUUUUAUCCAGUUAUAAUAGACAACGAGGGUCGUAUAUUUUGAUUUUCCUUUGUGUCGUCUUGUAUAUUUUCUUUUUGCUCAUGAACUCACGCCACGCCCUUCCCAGUCAAUCAUCUUUCUCGUGUGUUUGUUGUAGAUGGCCUCCGAGAGGGAAGGUGGAGCCUCGUCUUCAGGUAGCGAACAAACCGUAGGCACUGGUGAAGAGGAGGAGAAGAAGAAAGAAGAAAACUAAAUUAUUCGAAUUAGUUCAAUCCACGAUCUCUGCCUUCCAAGAAUUGCUACUAAAACAUAAUUGAUAAUCCCAUUGGAUUCUUGAGUGGCUGGAGAUCAUGGGCCACUUGAAAUAUGACAUCAUACCAAGAAGGGACUUGUUUCAAGCGACGAUUUUGUGUCAGGAAUAUUGAUAACAUGAUGACAUUUGGCGAUCAUCUUGCUUUUAAUACAUUGGCGUGUUCAUUUUAAAAAUGGGGUGUCGUGGCUGUGUUGCUCGUUGUAUUCACACGCACUCUGCUUAGUAGAUGGUGAAGUUACUGAACGUAAGAGUACCAGGUUUUGUACGUAAGUGUUUGUUGCAUUCAUUCAGUGAAUCAGUUAUAAUUUGUAAGAGUCAAGAAAGGGUGAUUUAAGAUCAUCUUCUCUUGUUAGAACUUAAAUGCUGUAUUGUUGUGUUGGUAUUCAUGUACCUAAGUAGAAGACCUUCUCUUAGACAACUGGUGCGAUGGAAAACUGGAAGUUCCCCCUGUAAAGUUCCACUUGCACGGAUCUCGCGCGGACCAAAAAGUGUCACGCAGGCCGAUGAAUAACGUGAAAGCUUAGCGCGCGCAAGCGAAUCUCGAUUCUUCGAGGGGCUCCUGCAAGAAUGCGCGUCAAUUAAUUCGAGCAUAUUCCAUCCCAUUGUACUUUGCCGGUUUGUUUUGCAUCUCUCCUAAAAGCCGAUAUCAAGGGGCAUUUAUUGUUCAUAGCUCCUCUGCUUUUGUUAAAAAUGGUGUGCAAAGAGAUAGAAAGCCCAUUAUCAUAUCUCGCUCGGUGAAUAAAGAAAUACUUGAAUAAACGCGAAG